AUGGCUUCACUCUCCUUUUAUGCUCUCUUUCUAUCACUUUCCCUCUUUAUUCUGCUAAUCUCGCCUACGCAUUCACUAACCUGCACCUCACAAAAAUUCACCAACAACAAACUUUACGCAAACUGCACUGACCUACCCACCCUAGAUUCAUACCUACACUACACCUACAAUUCCUCCAAUUCCUCUCUCUCAAUCGCCUUCAUCGCUCCUCCAGCAAAAGCCGAUGGCUGGAUCGGGUGGGGCAUCAAUCCCAACGGCACCGGCAUGGCUGGGGCCCAGGUCAUUUUAGCUUUAAAGUCCAGCAAGGGUGCACCAGAGGUCAAGACGUACAACCUCGUAUCAUACAACGAUAUCAAGGAGGAGAAACUGUCUUUUGAUGUCUGGGACUUGAGUGCUGAGUCUAAUGCAACAAGUGGUCAAUUUAUCAUCUAUGCAUCAGUUAAUGUGCCUGUAAAGGCUGAGUCUUUGAAUCAUAUUUGGCAAGUGGGUUCUGCUGUGACUAAUGGGAGGCCUGUCAAGCAUGAGUUUGCGCAAGGAAACAAGGAUGCCAAAGCAACUUUAGAGUUGGCGACUGCACAAAGAACUGGUAAGGCUGCUGCUACCCCUCCAGCUGGUGGCAACACGGCAACUACUUCUUCAAAUACUACCACUGCUGGCGGUCAUAGUAGAGGUUAUAGUAUUAAGGAGAUGAGUGUGGGUUUCCAUUUUGCUGUGUUUGUUCUUCUUGCUAGUUUUAUACAUUUCUAG